AUGUCUCCCAUCAUUCGAAGCCCAGUGCUCUCCGCACUCGCACGAACCAAGUUCCAACGACCUGCUAUCCAGCAAUUCAGGACAUAUGCUGCUGUGCGCUCGGCGAGCGCUGGUGCUGCUGAGGGCCAGGCGGCUUGGGCUGCGCAGUGGAAGAAAGUGGGUGGGAGUGCUAUGAUGUACUUCCCCGUCGUGGCCGUUGUCAUGUUUUGGCCGUAUGCCGUGCCGCCGAUUAUGGAGCUGGUUGAGGACAAAUGGUGA